UCGCUCAUUGCGUUGAUGGUGAAUUGAGCGACUGGCUGCGCGGCGCGGGUCAUUCACGCAUCGAGAGGACGCAUGCACUUUUUCAUCACCAAUUGAGUGUGGUUAGCGCACGGCGCCUCAUAGCCUCCUGUGAGUGGUCGGACAAUCAACCUGUGGCUAAAUUGUACAAUAGGCUACUUUGAUGGGGAGAACCCCACAAUUGAAUACUACACACUCGAAAGGGGAUGCCCGACGUUUGGAAAGAAACAAAGGAAUAUGAUGUUUUUUUGACCUACUAUACUUACCUGUUCCUCCUCCGCUACCCUGGUUGGUUUUUCAGACAGCCAGAGUGGUGCUGAGCUGCUGGGUGUUGGUGGCUCCGCUUCGGGUGGAGUGGUGCGCUGCUACUGGGGCUUCAGUUGACUCUCUGCCGGAAGGAUUAGUGUGAUUCUGCGGGGGCUAGUCGACUCUCUGGUGGGCGGGGUGGUGUGGUGGUGCCAUAGGAGCCCCUCCAUUCAGAAGGAUGCUGGUGGGAAAUGCCUGGCGACAGAGAGGACGAGAUUUGUCAAAAAGCACUAGAACUACUGUCUGAUCUGUGCUCUAAAGGGGAAGUACAGAACGAAAACUGUCUGGAUUUCAUUUACCAUUUCCGGGACCUCGCCAGACCACGCUACACGGACUCAGAUGUGUCAGUGAGCCUGCUGUCCCUGGUGGUGACAGCCUGUGGCCUGGCCUUGUUCGGGGUCUCAAUCUUCGUGUCCUGGAAGCUCUGCUGGAUCCCAUGGAGGGAGCGUGGCCUCUCCCCCAGCAUCAAGGAGCCCACCCAUGGGCACCACGAUUCCCCCAUGGCACCUUUGCAACCCUACGUCCCAGCCAGGGAGCCAGUCUACACGGCCGUCGACCCCCCCGUCUCCGCCCUCGACCGCCGUGAGUCACAUCGCUGCUCCAUUGUCCCUGUGGCGUCUGGGACAGUGACCGGGCCGGUGACCCCCGUCUCACCGCCCCCCAUAGCGGCGAUCAUUCCCAUCCCAGAGGCGGCCAUGAAGAUUAGCCACACAUCUCCAGACAUCCCCCUGGAAACCCAGAGUAAAGGCCGCGAGAACGGGGUCCACACCAACCCUCGUACGCAGAGGCAGACCACUGAGCCCUCCCCCUCCGUCCGGUCAAUGUCUAUACACACAGAGAUUGGGUCUGACUCUAUCCGUAGAUUAUCUGUAAACAGGUCCAACCCGGACUUUAACGUGGCCCAGUUCCAGAGACAGGACUCUCUGACUGGGAUGGGCCUGGGUCUGGGCCGUCUCAAACCAGAGCUUUACAAGCAGCGCUCCCUGGAAGGGGAUGAGGGGGGCCGACGGGGCGGAGGCUGUGGACGCCUACACUUCAUUCUUAAGUUCGACUGUGACCUGGAGCAACUAAUCGUCAAGAUCCACAAGGCGCAGGAUCUCCCCGCCAAGGACUUAUUGGGCACCUCGGACCCAUACGUCAAGAUCUACCUACUACCGGACCGGCAGACCAAGCACCAGACCAAGGUUCACCGCAAGACACUCAACCCCGUGUUCGAUGAAGUAUUCCUGUUCCCCGUGGAGUACGCUGAGCUGCCGACGCGAAAGCUGCACUUCAGUGUCUACGACUUUGAUCGCUUCUCGCGCCACGAUAUAAUCGGCCAGGUGGUGGUAGACAACUUCCUGGAUCUGGUGGACUUCCCUGCAGAGACAAAGCUUUGCCGGGACAUCCAGUACGUCUCCACGGAUAAUGUGGACCUGGGAGACCUGAUGUUCUCUCUGUGCUACCUGCCCACCGCCGGCAGACUGACCAUCACCAUGAUCAAGGCCAGGAACCUUAAGGCCAUGGACAUCACUGGGGCAUCAGACCCGUAUGUGAAGGUCUCUCUAAUGUGUGACGGUCGGAGAUUAAAGAAGAGGAAGACCUCCACUAAGAGGAACACUCUGAACCCUGUCUACAAUGAAGCCAUAGUCUUUGAUGUCCCCCCAGAGAACAUUGACCAGAUCGGCCUUAUGAUCGCCGUCAUGGACUAUGACCGUGUAGGCCAUAAUGAGGUCAUCGGGGUGUGUAAAGUGGGCAACGAUGCAGAGCACCUAGGCCGAGACCACUGGAGCGAAAUGCUGUCGUACCCACGAAAACCCAUCGCCCACUGGCACCCGCUCAUAGAGUACCAAGGCACCACAGGCGGGAGCCAGGCAGGGUCCUGUAAUUCCCUGAAGACUCCUCCGUCUCCCUAAGCUUAACCGUCUGGUCCCUCCCGGAAUACGACCACAAGGAGAAGGGGCAGGCGGCCCAGCCCAAUCGUAGGAGUACCGUCCUGCUGAGUGGUCGACAUACUGCUAUACGUCAUGACAGUGUGCGGUCGAUCUUAUGGUCAUCAGAGACCAGCCAUUGUCAGCUCUGUGUCUCUGGGACAGGGCGUUUGCAUGGGGAUUAGGAUUGAUUCAGUUGCAUGUUGAGUGACCACAUAAUAUGGUUGUUGUCUUUUUAUUCAGUCCCAAAAAGAAAAUGGAUGACAAAAACAACCAGGAGGUUUUAACAGUUUGGUCUAAGCCUGAUUUUGAAGUAACCGUUUUUUACAUUAGUCUUGCUCUACCUGUUUUUAAUGGGGUGUGUCUGUAUUGCACAGUGUACUUAAAAACAACCAGUCGAACUGACAUACAUAUUUCAUUUGGAAACAGUGCAUGAGGUCAUGGUUUUUUGGUGGAAUAUCUUCUCCUCAGUUUCUUUCGGUUUCUGUUCUUGGAAUAGAAUGUUCUGUCGCAUGAUCACAUGACAUGUGCAGUGGCAGUUCAUUUCUUAGACUUAGUACCUGUACGUAAAAAUGUCCUUUCAAAUGUUAUCAAUAAAUAUUUAUUGAUAAAAACACAGCUGGGUGGUCAAUGUUAAUAUUCCUCACCUGUUGCUAUGACAACUGUAGAUUAUCGUGAGGCGAUAAAAGGCAAGUGUAAAACCAGAUGGUAAUGAAACCCAACAUGCCUAAUCUGAUCAUGUAAAUUAAUACAAUUAUUGUGUGUAAUUGGGGGAAGGUGAUUCUAUUAAGUUAUUACAGUAAGCUAAAUGUCAUAAUAAAAUAGGAAAAGGCACAAACUGAGUGACUGUGAAAUACUGUAGAGAGAGAGGGGGAGAGACGAUCAAGACCAGAGAGAAGGGGUAUCAAGAGAUAGUCAUAUGACAUAAAAAAAAAACAGUGAUGUGUGUGUGUGUGUGUGAGUCUAAGUGUUUUCUGAGAGAUGUAGAUGGGGUCUAGUCAUUUGUUUUGUACCUUGUCGAUGAUCCGUUGUUUAUCUUUGCAUAUUACAAAUCCAAUAAAUGAGAUUGCAGCCGAGUGAAUAACCAUGACAGGAAGAAACGCCUGUAUUUGUGAGAAGGUUACUAAUGAAUCCACAUAGAAACCAAUGCCAAAUGAACAUCUGCUCGGAACAUUCACAGAUGAUUUAUCAAUAUGGUAUAGAAUAAUCUGGGUACAUGCCUAGUUGCUAAAUACUGUUUGACUUUAUCAGCUGGGUUUGGCUAUGCAUACCUCUUGGGGAUACAUGUACUUGUACACUUGUACAUUUGAAGCUCUGACAGAAUAUUGACUCCACUGUUUCCUUCAGUAUCAUACAGGUUUGUCAUUUUUAGAGCAAGCUGAUUGGGUAUUGAACCAUUAGCUCCUUAUUGCGUAGGCUUUAUGUUCUGGGGCUAAAUUGGUCCACCGUUGCCAUUCAUGGAUUAGCUGCCUCCAGUGAUGAUGAGCUGUGAUUUGUCACUGUCAGAGAGGGUGUUUUAAAUUAGACAUGCCUGCCCCUCACAAAGUGCCAAAAAUCAGAGUUGUACCUACUCCAUAUGCUGUUCUCAGGUCAAUUUAGCAUGUUCCUCCAAAUGGUAAAGUUAGGGAUUAGGAGGGUAAACUGAUCCUAGAUCUGUGCCUACUACCCGCAGCACUAGAAGUGUGGUGUUCUAAAUCUAAUCAAUUGUACCUCGUGUAUUGAGCCAGUUUAUCAGAUAUACUGUAGAUCAGAAGAGAUCUAACGUGACUGUCUGUUGAAUAUCCAUGUUUCAUUAUCUGAUGCUUUUAGUGAUUAAUGACUUUAUAUGUUGAACUCUUCUGGAAUGAUGGCUGACAUUGUAUUGACUUUAGUCAUGGGAAUUACGUAAUGUCUGUUGUACUAUGGACUUUUACCAUUUCUGGAAAUCACUCUUAUGGCUACUGUGAAGGUUACCACAUUUACCAGCCCUACUUCAUAGCUCCAUCCACAUCUAUAACAAGCCAACAUUGUGUACAUUUUAAAUAUGACAAGAUAAAACACUAGGAACUGGAGCCAUGUAUUUCUGUUUUAGCUGAGCAUGUCAUCAGCAGUGGUGUAAAGUAUUUGAGCAAAAAUAAUUGAAAUUACCACUUAAAUAUUUUUGACAACUUUUUCUUGACUACAUUCCUAAAGAAAAUAAUGUUCUAUUUGUUCCAUACAUUUUCCCUGACACACAAAAUACUCAUUACACCCAAAAUACAGUGCUCAGCAGGACAGGAAAAUGAUCCAAUUCACUCACUUAUCUAGAGAACAUCACUGGUCGUCCCUACUGCCUCUGAUCUGGCAGACUCACUUAACAUACAGUACAUGCUUUGUUUGUUAAUUAUGUCUGAGUGUUGGAGUGUGCCCUGGUUAUCCGUAAAUAAAAUAAAAAAC